UGACAGGCCUCUUGAAGUCAUAAUAUGAAUUCGGACCACAAAAUAAUCAAAAAGACUAAAUUCAAUUUGAUAAGUGUACCCUAUCUAUCUUGCUGUGUUUUAUUGAUAGCUGUUGUGAUCGUCUACUUUAUUCCCUCGCCAAUAGAUCCCAAACCUUUCUUAUAUAAGCAUCCCCUGCCUCAGUUAAAGGGACCUCUGGCUGUAAACCAAGCCUUGGAAAGAGUUGAUAAAUUAUUUGAAAACCAAGUUAUAGGACCGGAGUCUUUCACUGCAGAUCAGAAUGGUUUUGUCUAUACCGGUUCUGCGGAUGGUAAAAUUUGGAGAUUUAAAGAUGGUCAACUUGAAAUGUUGGCACGAACUGGCAUCAAUAAUUCUCACUGUGGAUCGUUUGAACUAGAACCGGAAUGUGGACGCCCUAAAGGGAUGAAGAUUGACAAGAACGGAGAUUUGGUUUUGGUCGACGCCUAUAAAGGUUUAUUGAAAGUCAACCUCCAAAAUAAAAAUAUCGAAGUUUUAGUUCGACCGGAUACUGAUCAGCUCCGAGAACCACUGAGGUUUUUAAAUGGGUUGGCUAUAACUUCAGAUGGAAUGAUAUUUUUUACCGAUUCUAGUACCAAAUGGGACCGACGUAAUUACAGAUAUGAGGUCAUAGAAACAAACAGUUACGGGAGACUACUCAGUUUCAAUCCGACUACAGACCAAGUUAAAGUUGUUUUAGAAGGAUUAUACCUGGCCAAUGGUUUAGUUCUAUCUCAAGACGAAUCUUACCUACUGAUAGUUGAGAUGACGGUUUCAAGGAUCAUCAAGUAUCAUUUGACCGGCUCACGUGCGGGUGAGCGUGAAGUUUUUAUUGAGAAUUUACCCGGGUAUCCGGACAAUAUCCAACUGAACUCGGCUGGGAAUUAUUUCGUGGGAAUGGGCUCAGUGAAAUUUGAAGGAUCCAGUCGCCUGGGGCCAUUUUUAGACAACAUUGGCCCGUAUCCCUGGUUUAAACGAUUCUUAGCAAAGGUAACGCCAAGACCGCUUUUUGAUGUGUUUUUACCACGUCAUGCUAUGUUGGUAGAGAUCAGUCCGAAAGGAAAAAUAGCCGCCAGUUAUCAUGACCCUACCGGAAGUGUGGUGCGAGGGGUCGGGGAAGGGUAUCAGCACGGUGUUUAUAUUUAUAUUGGACACUUUUCUAUGCCGUUUGUUGGCAGAAUUGAAAUCGAUAAGUUGAAUAAAGAUGCUUUAUGAUU